GAUGAGUUUGAGUGACAGAGAGAGAGAGAGAGAGAGAGAGAGGGGGAGGGAGGAAGAGCAAGAGUGAUGUGUAAGUAGAAAGACAGAGGGACAGAAGAGCAGCAGAAGAGGAAACCUCAUGAAGAUGACAACUCUAGGACGCCCUGCCGCCUCCACUGACCGACACCAAUGAGUCACAUCAUGGUCAUGGCCAGGACCGAGCUCUUGUUGUCCUUGUUCAUCCUGGUGGUCCUGUUCUCAGUGGAUGUAGCCCACUCCAACAAAGUCUCUCAAGGACUCUCCUGUGUGAACGACUUGGUCAACAACAUCACCUGCACAUGGCACGACUCUCCACUGGCUGCUGGCACAAACUGUUCCAUCUCUGGUGCGAAGAUUGUCAGAAGGAGGCAUUUGAGAGACAAACAGAUACAAAUAUGCAAGAUGAAGCAGCAUGAAAACUCUCCUCCAGGCUGCAGUUUUGUCUUUAAGGGUGAAGAAUUCACUUGUAUGAGUAACGUGCCUUACAUCCGUAUGGAGUGUAAUGGCAUGUUGGUGGAUAACCUCACGGAGUAUGAUCCAUGCAGUCACAUUAAAAUGCAUCCUCCAGGUGCCCCUAACGUCAGCAGAUCUGCCAAUGACACCCUGCUAUCAUGGAGUCUUGGCAGUCCUCACUCUCUCUUCUUAAAGUCUUUGGACUUUGAAGUUAAAAUCAUCACAGAGGCGUGGAAGGUUCCUCAGAUUUUUCCUGCUCACAAACAAGAGUUAACAAUAUCGACCAAGCAACUAAAGGGGCACUGCCAGGCCAGGGUGAGAGUCAAACCUGCUGAGGGUCCCAACAAAUAUAUCAGCGACUGGAGCGACUGGAGUCCAGCAACAUCCUGGUUAGAAGCGAUGGACAAGAGCACGUCGCAGGAUCAAGAGGGGCUGCAGACUCUGGUAACAUGGGGAAUGGUUGGCUUAGGUUUCCUCCUGACUGCUACGCUGCUCCUCGGGUGUUGCCUGAGUCAAAGGCUUCAUGAAAAGAAAUCGGUACCAAACCCUUCAAAAUUCUUCCACUCUCUCUACACCGUUCACGGGGGAAAUCUCAAGAAAUGGAUGAACCCUCUCUCCGCCUCUGAGUCAUUCUUCACGGUCCAGCCCUGCGAAUCCAUCUCACCUGUUGAGUUGUGUGAAAGCUGGGAUGCAGUCCCCUCCACCAGUGCCCUGCUUCACAUCAAAAGCAUGCACUCAGAUUACUCAGACACCAGCGGGGUUGACUACUCCUCUGCCUCGUCUUCGGCCUGCUUCUCCAACAUGGGCUACUUCAUGUCCAGCUCCUCCGGGAGCUCGGCUCCAGCUGACCCCAGUACCGCUUACUUCACCUAUCAGGAUGACUUCCACGGUCUGCACAACAGCCAUGCCCUCUGUCUCUCCCUCUGCCCUUCUUUUACCGGCUCUGGAGCCUAUGAGAGCUUGAAGAGAGAGCCGCAGAGCCCCGACUCUGGCUUUCAGGGAGAUGGGAUGUUCACAGAGGAUAAAAGGGUUGUGAUAAAGGACGAGGUUUCAGAUGAUCACAAGAGCGCUCCCCUACUCAUCCUCCCUCCCUGUCUCCCUCCUCAAAUGUGUGCUCCGUCCCCUCCUCCAACCCCUCCCAAUGCUCUGAGUCUGACUCAGGUUUCUCCUGAUAGCUUACCAGUGGAUGAACCUGUGGAAGAAGCUGGUGGUAGCUACGCAGCCUGGCCUUUGGGCGGUGCUGUGUGCAGGUCGUCCUCUAUGCCUGUGGAGAAUUUUAGAACAGGAUAUCUGACCCUUAAAGAGCUGCAGACAACAUUCAGCAAUAAAUCUAUCUGAAAACCUGUGAAACCACCGACACUGAAAUGUGUUUGCAUCCCAAAUAACAUGACUAAGUUUUUGUAAUUAAUUUUGGUUGAAAGUACUACUCAAUUCAGAGGGUUAUCGUUCAGUGUUAUACAAAUCCCGCUAAAACUUUCAACCUUUUUUUGAAUGGGGCCAAUUAAAGGCUUCUGGACACUAGUCCAAUAAAAAGUGUCUAUAAAAAGUAUUCACCCCCCUGGAUAUUUUACCCUUCCAUUGAUUUUAUAACUCAUUCACGAUCAAGUGACUAAACAGGAAGGAUUUUUCUAUAUUUUCCCACCUUCAUUUUACCCUCUACCUUUACAAGGCUUCCAUCUGCUAAGAUGCAUCCCCACAGCAUGAUGCUGCCACCACCGUCACAGUGGGGAUGGUGUGUCAGUCAUUUAUUGAACCUUCAGUAUUUCAUUUAAUUGACAUUACUUUGUAGAAAUAUGUUUUCACUUUGACAUUACAGUGAUCGCAUUGACCAUGACUGAUUUAUAAAAUCAAUUAAAAGGGUAAAACAUCCAAAGGCACUGUAUUAUUCAGGUUUUAUGGCAAACAUGUUAAAAACAGUUGCCAAAACAACUUUAUAAAUAGAGCCAUAUAGACUUUGAGUCAUGUUUUAUCUAUUUUAUGAAUGUACGUUUAAUUCUGGUCUUCAUUUAUUCUAAAUAGAUAUCCAUCGCUCUAAAGCUGCUAAACUGUUCUUGUUUUUACCAGUUAAUCACUAAUCGUGUGUAGUGUUUGUUGACAGUGCAACUCUUUGGGAUCUUUUUUGUGCCUUCAAAAUGCAUCAUUGCUCGCUAUUGCAAAGGAAGGGUAAAAGUCGGUUCUGAUCUAAAGUACCGUAAGUUAUGGAAGACAUUGUCUUAAAAGGAUGACAACAUUUUCAUAUUUCAAAACUCACACUUAAAAAGGUAACUAGACCCCUAAGUCACAGCUGAAGUGCAUCUACCCUGAAAUUAAAAAAGGAUUUAUCUGAUAUGCCUGUUAUCACCACCAGCUGCAACGUCAUACUAUCUGUCAGUGGUUUUAAAACGGUGGUAAAACCACUUCAAUAAGAUAUAAUAAAUCAUCAACCUGUUUUAUUUUUACUAUCAGAGACCCUGUGAGGCAGCUGAGCAGUCACUAUGUGGACUGUUACAAGGAACAGCAUGAUGUGCACGGAAAGAAGCACAACAAACACAGCCAUGGCAACAGCAUAAAGUUAAAUGGACAACAGAAAUCGAGGAUCAACUUGUUGAUUUGAAGAAACAACACAAGUGUUUACACAUUGUGUACUUUAGAGGAGUGGUUCUCCACUGGUCCGUCUUCAGGACCAUAGAGUGUUGAAAGAAUUGGACAAAGCCUGUGUGACGUCAGCCCCCUGCUUACAAUAGGCGGAUUCAAACUGCUCUUGAAUCCAAUCUGUGGCGGCCUCCAUAUUGAAAUCAUGGUCUCAGCUGAACUUUGGAUAGACCUAACUAACCGCCCACUGAGCUAGACUUCCUGUCAGCUAGCUAGCAGUAUUCUGGUUGACAGAAACGUAGCUUCUGCCUGUCGAGCUGUCUGUCAAUCAAAAGAGAAGUGGGGUUUUCCUCAAUAUAAUAGAAACGAUCGUGGUACAAAAAAAAAUUCACCCCCAUACAGUGGGAGCACAAUAAGACACCAGCUAAUCAGGCACGUUUGGUUUUUUUGAACCAGGCUGUAAACCAGUUUAUUUCUAGUGUAAAAAUCGUCUCUUAACAGGUGAUCAGAUGGGACUUCUGGUGUUCCUGCAGCCAGCCUCAAGUGGACACCCGCGAUAUAGCAAUUUUUCGCACCUCAGCUUUGUCUUCAUUUUCAGGACUGGAGGUUGCCGCUUGCUCAGGACCCACCAGUCUGUCUUACGGCAGAUUGACCCAAGUUUCCAAAAAUUUUCAAAAAUGCAUGUUUAGUUAAUUGAAUAUGUUGCAGUUUUGAACAUGAUUGGACCAAAACACCUGAUAUAAAAUAAAAGGGUUAAAAAUUUUUGUCAAUUUUCUAGAGAACUUGUGAAACUACUUCAUUAUCAUGUUAAAAGUAGGCUUUUAUUGCAAGAAGAGGAGAUAAACUAGUUGAAAUAUUGAUCAAACAUUUACAUUUACCCAAUUUCAGUACAACAGAGUCAAAUAAAAGGUCUCGAUGCAUGUCAGAAAAGGACCUCAGGACUUUUGCCACCAUUUUUUUUAGACAGCUAGUUGUGACCCACUGAAAACUGCUCCGCAACCCACCUUUGGGUCCCAACCCACCAGUUAAAACCACGGCUUUAGAACAUACCACAACUGAACUGAAAGGGAGAGGAGUUGAUCUAAAUGACAGCUGCUGUGGAUGUAACAGGAAGUUAGCUACUAUAAAGUUGCAUUUGAUUUUAUGGGAUUUUAUAUUUUGAGAGUAGAGACUCUGGUUGAAUGCAUUUGUCAGUGUGUUGUGCUGUGUUGGUCAUCCGACCACACGCUAUUAGAACAAAACUGUUAAAUUUAUAAUUAUUUGCUGUUAUUUUCAAAAUCAAUUAGGAUUUUAAAAAUCUUUUAGUGUGUCAGGUUUAUCCAAGCCUAGAACAUGAGGGGGUAAGGUAAAAGGGCUGUUCAGCAUGAGUCUGAUUCUGCUUAAGAUUCCCCCACAUUAAAGGGAAGGUUUUCCUCGCCACUGUGACGUUGCUAAACGCUGCUUAGUGCUGAGCUCAUGGUGAAAAAUGUUGGGUCUUUAUAAUAAUAUAUUAAAGGGGUCAGGCCUCUUUGUAAAGUUCCCUAAGAUAACUUUGGUCAUGAAUUGGCACCAUAAAAAAAAGAUUGAUUUACUGAUAUGUCUGAAUGGUAAGCAAUGUCCCCUUAGGGUUUUGAAUGUUACGUUAUCAUUAAACUAAUAGCUCUGUUGUCUUCCAGUUAUAGCAAAAUGUCUCAAUUGACUUCCCAUAGUUUGACAUCGUCUUGUUUGGUAAUGAAAGCUGGCACCACGUACAUCCCCCUGCCUCCAGAAAACAAAAUGUUCAACAACACUACUAAAUACCCAUGCAAAUACUGUAGGUUCUCAGCUGAUAAAAACGUGGACUUGGGGUUUUGGUUCCUCUUGAAUUGACGUUUUUCAAAUUUUUUUUGUAUUCUUGUAGUUAGAUCUUAAUAACACAUAUAUAAUGAAAACGCUCCCUUUCAAAAAAAAAGUGCAUUUUUGCUGAAUAAAAACAGUUAAUUUUGUUUGCAAUUUUAAAGGCAGUCAAAAAUUUACAGUUGACCAAUUUUUGUGUGUGUUUUAAAGAAUAUGAUGCUUGUUAAUAUCCACACAAUCUACCUGAUGUUUGCAAGUAUGCAAGAAAUAACUCUUCAUUCUCAUUCAAAUAUAUGUUCAUGGAUUAUUGAUGAUCACUGUCAUGUAGCAUCAAAAUAAAA